AUGGCACCCAAAUUUUCAGAAGACGAAAUCGACGAUUUGAUUUAUUUGGCUCGGGUUGGGGAGAAAGACGAAUUCGAGACUUUAAGAGAGGAAUUAUGUAAGAGGGAAGGAUGCUCAGCAACUGAGUUGUUGGAGAGUGCCAGAGACAGUGAGAGUGGAAACGGCGUGUUACAUAUGUCUGCCGCCAAUGGCCAUCACGAACUUCUCGCCCUCCUCGCAAAACACCUCUCUAAUCCCUCUCCUCAAACCCCCAAAAUGCUCGAGAUACUCAACACACAAAACGCCUCUGGAAACACACCUUUACAUUGGGCAGCCCUGAAUGGACAUUUAGAAGCAGUCAAAGUUUUAAUAGAAAAUGGAGCAGAUCCAACGAUUCAAAAUCAGAAGGGACAUGAUGCGGUCUAUGAGGCAGAACUGGCAGAUAAGACUGAAGUUGUGGAAUGGGUUUUGAAGGAGGGAGGUGAAGGGCUCGAGGAGGGAAUUGCAGGGGAUGAGGGGGAGAGCGGAGAGGGGGAAGAGGGAGUUGAGGUCGUGGAAGUUGCGGAGGGAGAGGGCUUGGUGGAUAAGGUUAAGGAAUUGGGCAUUGGCGGAAGCAGUGCUGGAGGGAAUUGA